UAAAACCCUGGUGAACCCUCGUGUGGAAUAUCGCGUGGCUGAGGCAGAGCAGGAGAAAUUUGAUGUGAAAGAACAAGAUCAGAUGUAUGCCGAGCCAAAAAAGCGACAGUUUCAGCACCCUCGGCAAUCUUGUCAGAAUCAGCGAGGUGGUGAUCGUGGCUGGAGGGGGGCCUACCCUAAUGGCCGCAGCGGGCAUGGAGGCGGCCGUGGCAUGGGCAGCAGAUACGAGAAUGGGCGUGGAGGUGGUGGUGGUGGCGGCCGUGGCAUGGGCAGUGGAUACGAGAAUGGGCGUGGAGGUGGUGGUGGUGGCUGUGGCAUGGGCAGCGAAUACGAAAAUGGGUGUGGAGGUGGUGGUGGAUACCAGAAUGACCGGGGUUGUGGUGGCGGAUACCAGAAUGGCCGGGAUGGUGGUGGCAGGAGCGGGUAUCAGAACAGCCGGGGUGGUGGUGGCGUGUACCAGAACAGCCGGGGUGGUGGUGGCGGUGGCGGGUACCAGAACAGCCGGGGUGGUGGUGGCAGCGGCGGGUACCAGAAUAGCCGGGGUGGUGGUGGUGGCGGCGGGUACUACAACAACGACGAUGGGUACUACCAGCCGAGGAACUUGAACAACAGGGGCAGGGGCGCAGGGAGGUGGCCACGCGGACACCGAGAGAAUUGAGGCAAUGGCAUAUGUGGAAGUCUGGGAGGUCAGGAGAGGGAAGGGGCAAUGUGAAAGUCUGGGAGCCAUUUUGUUAUUAUAGAACUACGGAGUAUGUAAUAACCUAGCCUGUGGGUAUGUCGCAAUCCAGUCCCUCCCCAUCUGCGAGUUUUUUUGUUGCUCUAAUGAGUGCAUAAUGGU